AUGUCGAACUACUAUCAAUCCCAGCAAAACUACGGCCAACCCUCGGCCAACAACCUCCAGUUCUUCCCCUCCUCCUACUCCUCGGCAGGCCCCGAUGCUGCCCCUCCUCCGCCUCAAGGCUAUGGCGGAUACGGUGCACCCCCAGCACCCGCGUACGGUGGCGGUGUAUCGGGCCGUAUGGGCGAGCAAGGAGGUCUGAGGACAGGAUGGCUCGCGGCCUUUUCGACGGAGGGAUACGACGGAGAACCCCUAAUGGAAGAACUCGGUGUGAACUUUGGUCAUAUCCAAGCCAAGACGCUAGCCGUACUCAAUCCCCUCGGUCGCAUCGACCAGAAUCUCAUGGAUGACUCCGACCUUGCCGGCCCCGUCCUCUUCUUCCUCCUCUUUGGGACUUUCCUCCUCUUCUCCGGCAAGGUGCACUUUGGCUACAUCUACGGCCUUGCCCUCCUCGGCUCCACAUCCCUCCACGCCAUUCUCUCCCUCAUGACCCCUCCCGACUCUAACGCCGAACCCCAGUACGGUGGAGGACCGGGCUACCAUGGCGGUCAACAGCCAGGUCCUGGCGGGCCCAAGAACGCCUCCUCGCUCACCUUUGCCCGCAGCGCCAGUGUUCUCGGCUACUGUCUUCUUCCCCUCGUCGCCACCUCCCUCGUUGGCAUCGUCAUGCCCAUGGAUACCCCCUUUGGCAUCAUAAUCACCAGCUUGGCCAUCCUCUGGUGCACCGCUAGCUCGAGUGGCAUGUUCUGCGCCGUCGGUAGGAUGCGCGGUAUGCGCGCCCUUGUCGCCUACCCUCUCGCCCUCUUCUACGCUGGAUUCGGCAUUAUGGGAGUGUUCAGCAGCAGAGGCAGCAGCUCGUUUCCAGCGCUAUAG